AUGACUGGGAUACAUAACAACGCAGUAAAGAUGACCGGGGUACAUAACAACACCGUGAAGAUGACUGGGAAACAUAACAACACAGUAAAGAUGACCGGGGUACAUAACAACACCGUGAGGAUGACUGGGAUACAUAACAACGCCAUAAGGAUUACUGGGAUACAUAACAACACCGUAAAGAUGACUGGGAUACAUAACAACGCCAUAAAGAUGACCGGGGUACAUAACAACACCGUGAAGAUGACUGGGAUACAUAACAACACCGUAAAGAUGACUGGGGUACAUAACAACACCUUAAAGAUGACUGGGAUACAUAACAACGCCAUAAAGAUGACUGGGGUAGAUAACAACACCGUAAAGAUGACUGGGAUACAUAACAACACCGUGAAGAUGAAUAACAACACCUUAAAGAUGACUUGGGUACAUAACAACACCGUAAAGAUGACCGGGGAACAAAACAACGCCGUAAAGAUGGCCGGGGUACAUGACAAUGCCAAAAAGUUGACCGGGGUACAUAACAACGCCAAAACGAUGACCGAGGUACAUAAAAACGAGAUAAAGAUGACCGGGGUACACAUAACAACAACUUAA